AUGACUUGCAUAAUCAACAAUGAAACGGUUUUUGAUAAUGAUUUCCAGUGGAAGUUUUGUGAUCAUUCAAAAAAGUUUGUGUUUAUUGGUGGUACGACUUUGAAAGCUAUUGAUGUUCAAAAUGUUCCUCAGAAAAGCUACUAUUUCAAAGACUUUUCUAAUAUACUUGGAGGCAAAUUCCAACAUAAUAGACUUGAAUAUGUUAUUGGUGUUGCUCAAGAGAUCAACAAUUUUCAGUAUAAUACACCAGAAAAAAAGACAUUUGUUUCCCUGAAUCUUAAAGACCUGAAAGGUAACAUGCUUAACUGCACAUUAUGGAGAAACUAUGAAACUAAAUUUUUGGACUACUACCAUGAUAAAAAAUACAGUGGUGCUAUUUUACUAAUUAAUGAAGACAUUUCGGAGAUCACUGAAUUUUUUUCAAAGUUACCUGCAAAUGAGCAAACUGAAAAGCCUACUCAGUCCUUAAAGUCUAUGUCUCUUUGGUCUGGUACCUCACAGUUCACCACAGUUGAAAGGUUCAUUCGUAAGGCCAAAUGCAUUUCUCUAAGUGAGCUUUGCAAGGUCAAACAAGACAUGUUAUGUGUGACUGUUACAACUAUUCAAAAGUUUUUUGUAUCAAAACAUAGUUGGUUCUAUUAUGGAUAUACUAAAUACUCUUUAAAGGCAUAUGAUAUUAACAAUCCAUACAAGUGUUCAUGUGGAGAAAAUGUUGCACAAGCCAUACCAAGGUAUAUAAUUGACAUCUAUGUUAUUGAUGCAAUGCUGGAGGAAGGUGAAGAUGAUCCUGUGGUAUAUCCCGACGAGUUUGACAUGCUUCUGGGUAAACGAAUGACAUUCAGAGCUAAAGUUCAGCCAACAUUUGGCCAAGCAUCUGUUUGGAAGCUCUCAUAUGAUGAAGAAUUUGUCAAGGAGAUUGAAAAAGAUUAUAUUACUGAUGAGGGUCAUAGUAUACCUUUAACCCAAAUCCCAGUCAUUGAUCGUGUCGACGAUUCCAUGGAGUCUUUGUUUGCUUUUGGAGAAAUGAUCCAGAAAAUUGUGACCAAUACAACGUCCAAAGAUGGCCCAAUUACUCAUGAUAUUGAAGAUUCUGAGUGUCAAGUUUAUGGAACUACUCAGUUUUCAUAA